CAAAACGGUUAUGUUUACUUCCGCGUUGUUACUAACGAUUGAAUGGAAACUGUCGAUUUAGGAAUUAUAGAAAAAUGUGUAUAAUUUAUUUGGAUUUUACGCUUGUUCUAUUGUGUACAGCCGAAAUUCAAGGUCGUGCUUACUAUGAAACUGAGGUUGUAUCCAGCUGGAAUGAUUCUGCGGGUAGAUGUGACCUGGCAACUCCAGAUUUAACGUUCGAAUCAGGUGAAUACCACCCAAACAUUAAGGGCGAAGAUUGGAAUGGACAUACGCAAGUAUGGAUCGGAUAUUUCAUGGCCGUUCAGCGAUUUGAUUAUAUCGGCUGUUUGAGAACUGGAGGGGAAAAAGCACACAUUGUGAAGCAGUUUAACACACCAGGAAUUUGUCAUUCUCUAUGUAAGAGUACGGACGUUAUAGGAAUACGCGGCAAAGAGUGCUUUUGUUUACUGAAUGAGUAUUUCGUGAAUAUCACGCAAUCCCACUGUGACACGAUAUGUGAUGCACAGAAAGGUAUCGCCUGUGGUGGUCAUCAACACAUGUCUGUUUAUAAGAUUCACUGCGAAAAAAGAAACUUGUACGUAAAUGUAGAAUGA